AUGUUUCUUCUUUUCCCGGAUGCGUCUCACAGCCGCUUUCGCUUUGCGGAGACGAAGAGCAAAAUAGAUUUGAUGACGUUCGUGACCAACGUCUUCUUCCCCGCGCAAGAGCCGGCCGAGUACAAAAGACUGUUCAAGAAAGGCGGCUGCCCGCGGUGGAUGCUGGACCCCCGCCUGGGCCCCCCGCAGCUCGCUGCAGACUGGCUGCCGGCGCCUGGCUGGUCUUACGACGUUCCCCACCAAACUAUAGUUUUCGCGAGCUCGCAGGAGGCCCGGGAGCCCCCGCAUGCAUUCCCGUUCAACUUGUUUCUGCCGCGGCGGGUGUCUUCGCGUUUCGCGUUGAUGAAGCGGGACUUCUUUUGCCAAGGCACUCAAAUUCAAAGUUCGAUUUCUCUCCACGGAGCCACAGAGGCUGGACUUCUCUUUCGCGGAGUGGGGGAAAGAAACUUCUGGGCAGUUCUGCUGCGCCUCGGCGGCGGCGUGAGUCUGGUGCGCGUGAAGAACGGAGAAAGAAUUAAUUUGGGAUCCAUAGGAGCUUUCCGAGUGCAAACCCAAGGCGCAGCGGGACUCUUAGCUGGAGGCGGGCUGGCCAAGUUCCGCGGCACUUUCGUCGGUUCGUCUUUUUUGCACAAGUCCCAUUUUUGA